AUGAAGUGGGUGAUUCUUGCACUGGUUUGUCUCCAGCUCUCAGAGGGACUGGUUAGAGUCCCUCUGAAGAAAUUUAAAUCUAUCCGUGAGACCAUGAAAGAGAAGGGAGUUCUUGAUGAAUUUAUGAAAACACACAAGAGAGACCCAGCAAUGAAAUACCAGUACAAUCAGAAAUUAGACUUUGCCGUGGCUUACGAACCCAUGUACAUGGAUGCCUGUUACUAUGGUCAGAUCAGUGUUGGAACCCCACCACAGAACUUCAUGGUUCUUUUUGACACUGGAUCCUCUAACCUCUGGGUGGCUUCAACCUACUGUCAGAGUUCAGCCUGUCAGAAUCACCCCCUGUUUAAUCCCAGUCAGUCCUCCACUUACACCUCCAAUAACCAGCAAUUCUCCAUGCAAUAUGGCAGUGGCAGUCUCACCGGAGUCUUUGGCUAUGACACUGUUACAGUUCAGGGUCUGACCAUCACAAAUCAGGAACUUGGUCUUAGUGUUAAUGAGCCAGGAACCAACUUUGUAUAUGCUGCCUUUGAGGGAAUAUUUGGCAUGGCUUAUCCUGCACUUUCUGCAGGGGGCGCUACCACUGCCAUGCAGGGAAUGCUUCAGCAGAACCUUCUUACUAACCCUAUCUUUAGUGUCUACAUGGGCAGCCAAUCUGGGGAAGUUAUCUUUGGAGGUGUUGACAGCAGUCUGUAUUCUGGUCAGAUAUACUGGGCUCCAGUCACUCAGGAGCUGUACUGGCAAAUAGCUAUUGAUGCGUUUUCCAUAAACGGACAGGCAACUGGAUGGUGUAGCCAGGGCUGCCAGGCUAUGGUGGAUACUGGGACUUCUCUCCUCACUGUACCCCAGCAAUACAUGGGCACAUUUUUGCAGUACCUUGGAGCCCAGCAGGGCCAGAAUGGAGAGUUUCUGGUGAACUGCAACAGUGUUCAGAACCUGCCCACCAUUAGCUUCACCAUCAAUGGAGUCAAUUUCCCACUGCCUCCCUCUGCAUACAUUCUACAGAAUAAUGGAUACUGCUCAGUGGGUGUUGAAGUGACCUACCUGCCAUCUCAGAAUGGCCAACCCUUCUGGAUUCUGGGAGAUGUAUUCCUCCGGCAGUACUACUCCGUCUAUGACAUGGGCAACAACCAGAUGGGAUUUGCACAGUCAGCUUAA